CAUAACGAAACUAACGAAACAACGAAACGAAACGAAACGUUUCGCCCAUGUCUGGUCCCAUCCUCCGAUGCCCGAGAAAAGAGAUUUAGUAACACACUUGACUAUCAGCGAGUCUGAAUUAGAGGCUGAAUUAAAACAACACCUUGAACCCGAGAAGAGUGGUCUCGGAAGUUUUGUAACAGCUCCAACAGUAUUCAACGAUGCGAAGUUAACAAUAGGCACAUCAGUGGCACAUGGUAAACGCUCUCCUGGGGUUGAUGACAUAACAUUAACAAUGAGUAGAGAGCUAUUGAGCGAGGAUAUCCACCUACAGCGAGAUGUUGUCUCAUCCCCUGCUUUCAAUCCACAACCACCUGGCACAACUGGAGUAACUGAACAAUAUCCUCUAAAUUCUUUGGAAAGUUUUGAAAACAUUGAUGACGAAAAGAAAGAUUGUGAUAAUGAAAACUGUGAUGGACAAAGUAAAACUACUACAACAUUUUGGCCGAUAACAACAAAAGCAUUGAAGACAACAAAAAUCCAUCAACAAAAGAUGCAAUUUCUGAAAGGCCUUUCGCGAACAACACAACGCGUACCAAAUCAUGGAUCAUGGACGCUGGGAAAACCCCAAACAAUGCAACGCACAACAUUAAAAAGUUGUGAUUCUCCUCCAAUAUGUGGAAGGAACUGUGGUGUUGUAAUUGAUCCAAAUGGCUGCCAGAGUUGUGAUUAUUGCCGUUCGGAUAGUGAAUGCCGCUCAUUGGAUGGGCAGAUAUGUGAUUUUGGUCGUUGUGAAUGUGGUGUUGCAUUUUUACAUACUUCGGCAAUUCCACCAACUCUUCUCACUUUGGAUAUCCUUCCAUCUUCCUCCUUAGUCAGUGGACGUUCACAUCAUUCUCUCCACACCCGGCAGUUUAAAUAUCAAAUCGCUGAUUUCUUCAACCGGAUAAGACGCUCAACAAUAUAUAAUGCCAACUAUAAGAAACCUAGAAGUGGAUGA